AGAUGCUACAUUACAUUUAAUAUUAGACUUUAUUAUCAGCAAGUGACGUAGUGCUAGAGAUUCAAUCACAAUGAUGAUUUCAUUGAUGUUUCUAUAAUUCGUUUUUUUUUUCUUCUUUAUCUUUUAAUUUUAUUUUCACAGCUGAGCUAGUUCUACUACUUUGGGGCAUCAGGUUGUGUUAUGUGGUGAGAAAAGCGCCCUCAGAGUUCAACGAGAGCAGAUUUAUUAGUUGGGCAAUUUACAACGAAACACUACUGUCUCUCUUCCUGUGUGUCGCAACAUUCUUCCUCCAAGAUUUGGCCAACCCAGAUGUCUUAUAUCUCAUUUGGUUCUUCUAUAGUCAGCUUACAACUACCGUAGUAGUACUUCUUCUCUUCGGUAGUAAGGUCUACCUUGUAUUACACGGUAAAGGGGACAAGACGGAUGCUCGUAUGAAGACUGGCACCACUGGUCUGAGACAGAGGACGUGGGAUGCAACCAAUUCACUCUCGUCACAAGGCCUCAUGGUGAAACAUGAAGAAAAACCGCUCAACCAAGUAGAUAUUCAAGAUGAACUCAAGAGACUCUACACGCAGCUGGAGCUCCUGAAAACCAGGAACAUGGUGGUGGGCAACCCUCACCUGACCCGGAAGCUCACCGCCAUGGCAGAAGCGGCCCGAGCCACGGAACAAAUGUUGAUAGAUUCCAACGAGCAAGAGCUCAGUUGCGCUUCCAACGGAGUUGCCGAGGUGACCUAUACGGUCAACAACGGCAGGACUAGUAGUGCUUCGACCAAGGGGGAUUGGAUUUGAAGACCAUUGCGACGUUGAAAGAAAAAUGACUUUACCCGCUCUUUUUUGAGAAGUAAGACUCUUUAUCCCGUGUGUAUACAAAUAAGACUGAGGUUAUGAAAGUUUCUACUAUAGAAUCAUAAAAAGGGUAACUCGACAUGAGAUGAGUCGUAAAUGAUCAACAAGUUUCUUCGGGUCUGAAAAACAGUAGGCCGACCGACCCGAGUGAUAGGCCGAAGUAACACCACAGGGUAAAGCUAACGGCAGGACAACUGGAAGACCAGUUGAGCCACUGGAGCUACGUUUUGUUCUUUAUUUCGUCACUCUCUGCAGGUGCGAUAUUCCACAUAUCCUUCAAGGAGGCUUUACCUGAAGAGCAACGCAUGGAACACAGGACAUUAGCGGAACCGGUUCAUCACGAUUUAACCUAAUAUGGGUUCUGCAUGCUGUUGGAGGAAGGUGGCAAGAGAUUGCGGAACAGAUUGUCGGUAUGGCGAAUCUACAUGCAGCCUACACGAUGCAUAGGCGUUCGGCCCCAAUUGGAUGAGAGGGGCUUAUUGUUACGUGCCCCAUUCAUCUGCGAGAAAAGAGACAAUUCAUGGCACUAACAAAUUAAUGUUAUCAUCAAAUGAUAACAAAUACGAAUAAAUUAUACUAUAGAUGGUUUACCUCGUUACCGAUUAAUCGUCAGCAGCUGUUAAAAUGGCGGUAGUUUAAAUAGUAUCUGCAAUUUUAAAAUUAUCGAGGGGGACUGCAGCCCUUCAGCUACCUACCCCUUUUCCCCCACAACCUCGCAUGCCUAUGCCUACACGGAGCAAACGCAUUCUAUGAUGAAGUUUCACGUCAAAUACUCCGCUACAGAUUUCUAAUAAUCAUUGAAGCCAUAAUCGUCCUCUCAGAAUAUUAAGCUUGAAUGUAAUCAUGGUUAUGUUUCUAAAUGAUAUGCAGCUAUUGUACAGG